AUGAGUCGACAAUCAAACCCGUUCAACAAUGCAAACUUCUGGGAUUUUGUUCAGCACUUUGACCCCAACCAAGCAACUGGCCGCGGAGUAGAUCAUCAGACUGAGACUCCAUUUCCCUCUUUCAUGGCCGGUUUCCCCUUUGGUUCGCCAUCUGGCCCUCACCCUCCUCACCCUCCUCAUCCCCAUGGGCAUGGACAUGGUCCACGAGGACCUCCUCCACCCCCUGAGGCUGACGGCUUCGUCUGGGGUCCUUGGUUCUCCGGUGAAGGCGCUCCCGACAGUCGAACCCAUAAUGAGCCAAGUCAGCAGGCAAACGAGACUCAGCAAGCUACCGGAAGUGAAAGCCACGAGUCUGACGAGACCAUGAAUGUCCCUGACCCCGAAGAAGUUGCCCCUGAGGAGAAUCAGUGCGGAGCUCGGCCUGAGUGGGCUGGGCGAGGUCGUGGCCGUGGCCGUGGAGGCCCUCGAUGCGGUCGAGGUCGAGGCCGCGGUGCUUUCCCCCAUGGCCCUCACCGUGGUCCCCAUCACGGCCCUCAUCCUCCCCCUCCCCCCUACGGUGGCCCCUUUGACCUUUCUGGCCUCUUCCGCGGAUGGGGCAACCAUCCUUUCGUUCGCAACAUGCGCGAGCAGUUCCAAGAGAACCAGAACCGGAGCCAGGAGCAAAACACCAAUGACUCAUCCGACUCCUCCUUCAACCCACCUAUCGACAUCUUCAACACCGAGAAGUCAUAUGUCAUUCACGUCGCCCUCCCUGGCGCAAAGAAAGAGGAUAUUGGCCUGAACUGGGAUGCCGACCGCAACCUUCUCAAGAUCGCAGGCGUCGUCCACCGCCCGGGCGAUGAGGCCUUCCUCAGCACCCUCAGCUCUGGCGAGCGCAAGGUUGGCAUGUUUGAACGCAACGUAGCUCUGCCGCCCUCGGGAGCAGAUGAGCGCGACGAGGUUGACGGUUUGGGCAUCACCGCCAAGAUGGAGGACGGUGUCUUGGCCAUUACCGUCCCCAAGGCUGAGAAAGAGUGGACUGAGAUCCACAAGAUUGAUAUUGAGUAG